AAGCAGCAGCAGCAGCAGCCGCAGCCUGCUAUUCCUGGACCUGACUGUCUCUCACACACACACACGGAGCAGAGGAGCACAGCAGGGGGCUCUAAUCCUCGUGCCAUGACUUUUUUUGCACGUUACAAAUAUUAAAACGGGAUAUAUCACUCAAAGGGCUUUCUCCCUGAGUGCUGCUGUCACCUGGGCCCAUCUGAGCUGUGCCCAAACUCAGCAGGCUCCGGUUAAACAUGUCGUCAUCAUAUGCUGCUGCUAUAUCAGCCCUCCUUUCAACCAGCUCUUCUACUUCACCCGUCAAACCCAAUCUUGACCCCUCCCCAGGCACAGCAGGGAGUCCUAAACCUUCCCUCAAGCCCAACAAACCCCCCCCUGCAGUAAAGAUACAGGCUCAUUCACCUGAGCCUGUGGGAACCUAUGAGGAGCAACAGGAAAAUCCUGCAGACUAUGGCAUAGGUGGUUAUUACCUUGUUGAGAUUGGAGAGAUUUUUGUUGACCGUUACCAAGUGGUCAAAAAGUUGGGAUGGGGCCACUUCUCUACUGUGUGGCUGUGCUGGGAUAUGGAGAAAAGGCGUUUUGUGGCUCUGAAGGUGGUGAAGAGUGCUCAAACAUUCACAGAGACGGCACUGGAUGAGAUCAAACUUCUGAAAUGUGUAAGGGACAGCGACUCCAAAGAUCCUAAACGAGAGACAAUCGUGCACCUCAUCGAUGACUUCAGGAUCUCCGGAGCAAAUGGAGAGCAUGUGUGCAUGGUUCUCGAGGUGCUUGGCCACCAGCUGCUGCGGUGGAUCAUCAAAUCUAACUACACUGGCCUCCCCCUGCCCUGCGUUAAGAGCAUCCUCAGACAGGUUCUGCAGGGUUUAGAUUACUUGCACACUAAAUGCAAGAUUAUCCACACAGACAUCAAGCCAGAAAACAUCCUGCUGAGAGUGGACGAGGUUUAUAUUCAGAAACUGGCGGCCAACACCAAGCUGUGGCAGCUGCCCCUGUCCUCUGCUAUCACCAGCUCCUCAGUAAACGGAGGCUCCAGAGAAAAGCAGAGUUGGUCCAACUUUUUGGGGAAGCUGACUGGAGUUUUCCAUACUCUUGGGGAGUGGUCCAGCAAGGUCUCCAGGAGCUCAAUUAACCGACUGACGAGGAGAGACAGGAGUCGACGCGGACAGGAGAACACGGCUGACCACAAACAAAGAGACAAACCUCAUGUGUCGUUUUCUGAUGUCACUCCUCCCUCUAGCACCCAUAGCUCCACCGGUCACUCUAAACUCACAGGUCCUAACCUCACGUUAAGGAGGCAGACUCUGCUGUUGGAGGACGGACUGGACUCAGCUCCACACAGUCACAGAGACUCCAUCUGCUCAUGGCCAUACCUCAACACAGAUGCUCCUGUCUCUGGCUCUAGAUCAGUGUUAUUACAUCAGACUGCAGACAAUGAGCCGCCUCCACCUUCAUCAUCAUCUCCCUCUGGUAUCAAUGACUCAGAUGUAAUUUUGGACCUACUGAAACCACAGAAUGCUGAUAAAAUCCUCAUCAAGAUUGCUGACCUGGGCAAUGCCUGCUGGGUGCACAAACACUUCACUGAAGACAUCCAGACGUGUCAGUACCGCUCUGUGGAGGUCCUGAUCGGUGCUGAGUAUGACACACCAGCUGACAUCUGGAGCACCGCCUGCAUGGCUUUUGAGCUUGCCACUGGGGACUAUCUGUUCGACCCCCAAUCAGGAGCCAGCUUCUCCCGAGAGGAAGAUCACAUUGCCCACAUCAUUGAGCUGCUGGGACCCCUCCCAUCCCAGUUUGCCCUCUCAGGGAGAAAUUCCAAACAAUACUUCAACCGUAAAGGACAACUGCGACACAUCUCGAAGCUCGAGCCAUGGAGCUUGUUUGAAAUCCUACAAGAUAAGUACGAGUGGCAGCAGGAGGAAGCCGCCCAGUUCAGCUCUUUCCUCUUGACCAUGUUGGAGUUGCUGCCGGAGAAAAGAGCCACGGCUGCCCAGUGUCUGAAACACCCUUGGGUUGCCUCCUAGACAGCCUGGCCCUAUAUCGUUCAGAGCCCAGUGGAAUAGCUCUCUGUUCAGGAGCAGACUCAGACAUAUUGCAUGUGACAUAGGACUUGGGUCAGCUGUGGGAGUAGUCUGGUGCUGGCAUCAUGAGCACAGCUUUCAUAAAUAUUUAUUAGCCUGACUAAGAGCCUUUUCACAGUUUGGAUGUUCGGUCUUUAAAUGGCCAUCACAUCUAAUUCAGGCACAGCAAUGACCAAAGAGAAGUUUUGUCUUACUGCAAAAGUGCCUUUUAACAUGAUGAUGGAGUUCUUGAGUUUCAUUAUGCUGACAUAACAUUGUUAUUAUUCAGGAGUUAUUAUGAGACAGGUAUAGUGACCUCAGAAAUGAUUCAGGCCCGUUCACUUUUUGCACUUUACUGUGUUGUAGAUUUAAUUGUAAAUGGAUAAAAUUGCCAAUUUUGCCCAUCGAUCUUCACUCACUAACACAGAGUACCUUGGACUUGUUCUGUGCCCUUCUAAACUAUGACCACUCAAUUCAAUUUAUAUAGUUGUGAAUUGUCAAGUGGACUCCAGUUCCAGUUCUAGACCCAUCUCAAGAAAAAUGAAAGCAAGCAGGAGGUGAUGAGAAAUGAGAGGUGUCAGUUUUUGGUUUUUAAUAAGUUCUUGAAAUUUUCUCACUUUCAAAAUGUGGAUUAUUGAGUAUGAAUUGACGGGCAAAAUGGCAAUCUUAUCAAUGUAAUAUUAAAUCUACAACACAAUGAAUGUGCAAACAGUGAAAGGGUCUGAAUACUUUCUGAAGCCUCUGUAAAUCAAGAUCCCUUUGAAGAAAUGUUUAUUUAAAUACAUGGAAAAGGUAGCAUGAAAUGGAUUUAUUCAAAGAGAACUCAGUGUCCGAAAUGUCAACUUGAAAGAUUACCUUGAUGACUCACCUCAGAAAAACGCACUUUAUAUGUUGGUUUAUGAAGAACAAACUGCACUCUGACAGGAACCUCAUUUUAGGUGAAAAUGUAAUCAAAAUGGAAAUGAGAUAGAAUUUUGAAAUUAUUCACUAAAGUAUCAGGUUAAACAUCCAGACAUGAUUAUCGCUGGUUGCAGCAGCACUGAAAGUUAACCCUAAUAAAUCAUUAAAUGGCA